AUGGAGGAGACUUCAAAGACGCCUGCACAGCUAAAAAAGGAAGCCAAAAGGCUGGAAAAAUUGGCAAAAUUUAAUGCGAAACAAACCAAACUUGCUGGUCAAAAUAAUGUGAAGCCGAAACCCAAGCAAGAAAAAACCAUCGUCCUGCCCUCCAAAACUGAGUUACCAACUGCCGACGAAAAUGGAAAAAAGGAUGUUUCCGGGAAAAUGCCAGAGUCUUAUUCACCUAAGUACGUUGAAGCCCUGUGGUACCAAUGGUGGGAGAAGUCGGGCUUUUUCACUCCUGAGUACUGGGCUUCUAGGGACACCCUGAAAGAAGCGAGAAAGAAGUUUGUGAUCGUAAUUCCACCGCCAAAUGUCACGGGUACCCUUCACUUGGGCCACGCGCUGACCAAUGCCUUGGAGGACGCCAUCGUGCGUUGGCACCGGAUGCGCGGCGAAAUAACUGUCUGGGUUCCCGGCUGCGACCAUGCAGGCAUUGCUACUCAGGUUGUUGUCGAGAAGAAAUUGUGGCGUGACAGGAAGGUCACACGGCACGAUAUCGGACGCGACGCUUUCGUCAAGGAGGUCUGGAAAUGGAAAGAAGAAAAGGGUGAAAACAUUUACCACCAGAUCCGCGCUUUGGGCAGCUCCUGUGAUUGGACCCGCGCCUCUUUCACCAUGGACCCGAACCUGAGCCGUGCCGUGACGGAGGCCUUUGUGCGAAUGCACUCCGCCGGUCUAAUAUACCGCGGCGUGCGCCUCGUCAACUGGUGCUGCACCCUCCAGUCGGCCAUUUCGGACAUCGAGGUGGACAAGAUUGAGUUGUCGGGUAGAACAGCUCUCACCGUGCCUGGUUAUGAGAAACCUGUCAUAUUCGGUGUCCUCGCGUCUUUUGCAUAUCCCAUCGCUGACAGUGAGUCCGGCGAGGAGUUGGUGGUCGCGACAACGCGUCUUGAGACAAUGCUAGGUGAUACGGGCAUAGCUGUACACCCCGACGACCAGCGUUACGCGCACUUAAUCGGCCGAUUCGCCGUCCACCCGUUCGCCGUGCCGGAGCGUCGCCUGCCGAUAGUGGGUGACACUUUUGUGGACCGCGACUUCGGCACGGGAGCGGUCAAGCUCACGCCAGCUCACGAUCCGACGGACUAUGAUGUCGGUCUUCGACACAACUUGCCUUUCAUCACGUGCAUCGAUGAGACAGGGCUCAUGACGAAGGAGGCAGGACCGUUUGCUGGGCUGAAGCGCUUCGAGGCCAGACUCGCUGUGCGUAAGGCGCUGGAGGAGCGAGGUCUGUUCCGCGGGGAGGUGGACAAUCCAAUGGUCGUGCCCACCUGCAGUCGGACCAAGGACGUCAUUGAACCCCUGCUCAAGCCCCAGUGGUAUGUCCGCUGUCAGGAGCUAGCUGACAGGGCCGUGAAAGAAGUUUCGGAGGGUCGGCUGAAAAUAACCCCUGCACCUUACGUAAAUACCUGGUACGCCUGGCUUCGGGAUUGUCGCGACUGGUGUAUCUCCCGGCAGCUUUGGUGGGGUCAUCGGGUGCCUGCCUAUCUGGUCUCAUUGCGGUCAAACAGCAGCGAGGAAUUCCGGCAGCUCGAAUCUUCGGACAACACCUCGUGGGUAAUCGGGCGAGACGAGUCGGAGGCGCUGGCGAUUGCCGAGAAGCGCUUCAACGCCAAGCGAACGGACAUCCGUUUGACCCAAGACGACGACGUCCUGGACACCUGGUUCUCCUCCGCGCUCUUCCCCCUCUCCGUCUUCGGGUGGCCCGAUGAACACGCCCCCGACUUCCCCCUCUACUACCCUGGAAGCCUGCUGGAGACCGGUCACGACAUCCUCUUCUUCUGGGUCGCGCGAAUGGUCAUGAUGGGGCUGUUUUUCACGCAAAAGCUGCCCUUCACCCAGGUCUACUUGCACCCCAUGGUCCGCGACGCCCAUGGGAAAAAGAUGUCCAAGUCUCUUGGAAAUGCUAUCGAUCCUGUCGACGUUAUCCAUGGAAUUUCCCUUCCUGAUCUGCAAGCGAAACUGCUGACCGGGAAUUUGGACCCGACUGAGUUGAAACGCGCCACAGCCGCACAGGCCAAGGACUUCCCGAACGGCAUUCCCGAGUGCGGCACCGAUGCUUUGCGUUUCGCGCUCUGCUCCUACACCACGUGUGGCCGCAGCAUCAACCUCGAUAUCCUGCGCGUUCAGGGCUACCGCUUCUUCUGUAACAAGUUGUGGAAUGCUGUAAGGUACGCCAUUUACCACUGCCUGGGGGAGUCCUACGUGCCACCCAAGUCCGCCUCGUCCCUUAUCACAUCUCACUUGUCGGGCACCGAUCGGUGGAUUCUCUCGCGUCUGGCGCAUGCCGUCGAAAACAGCAACUCCGGCUUCACCGACUACGUAUUCCCUCGAGCCACCACGGCCUGUUUCAAUUUUUGGCUCUACGAGUUUUGUGACGUCUAUCUUGAGUACUCAAAGCCGCUGGUGAAGUCGUUGGAAGUGGCAACAGGUCGUUCGGCAACAGUUCGUCAUGUUGUCUACACUUGUUUGGACGUCGGACUGCGUCUCCUUCAUCCCUUCAUGCCUUUUGUCACCGAGGAGCUCUUCCAGCGUCUCCCGCGACGUGAUCCCGCAGCUGACCCACCUUCCAUUUGCGUCACGCCGUACCCCACCCUUGCUGAAAUAAGUGACUGGAAGACGGUGGCGAGCGACUCGACGUCCGCGGGGUUCCAAUUGGCAUUCAGUCUGGUCCACCGUCUGCGCUCGCUGUACAGCACCUACAACCUUCGCGUGUCCGGCGGCCCGCAGCACUUCCCUGAGGCGGCCCUCGUUGCGUCGGACGAGACCCUCGCUUGUUUGCGCUCCGGCGGAUUCCUGGAGGACAUUGUCAUGCCGCUGGGCAAAUGUCGGGUCGUUGCCAUGGCAUCCUCCAAAUCCUCUGUGGACACAGAGGGUUGCAUAAUGGCAACGGUGUCAGCGACGGAUGCGCUUGUGGCUCAGGCUCCACCCUCAACUGACGACGGUGUGGCUGCUGACGAGUCGGACUUGACGGAGGACGGAGCCGUGGAAACAGAGGAGGUGCCGUGCAACGACACAGACCAGCCAGUCGCGACUUGUCAGCUCUACCUCCGGCUGGUCGGUCUGAUCGACUCCAAGGCUGAGGUAGCUCGUGUGAACCAACGAAUUCUGCAGAUUCGCAAAUCAAUCGAUUCCCUACUGACCGUCCGCUCGCGUCCACAGUACUCACAAAAAGUACCACUUGCAAAGCAGAAUUUGGACUUGCAGAAGGUAAGGCUAAAGGCCCCUCUGAGUGCGCUGCAGUUGGAACUGAGUGGUUUGUCGGAAGUAGCGGAAAAUCUGCAGUCGUUUGUCGAUACCGAAGCAUCCGUGGACGAGCAUCCGCUCGUCGCGCUGACGCGCCUCUGCUACCACAAGGCAAGGCAAGAUGCGCCUCUUCCCCAGGACCUCUUCGACCUCCAAGCUCAACUUGAGGCCGUCGUAGCCCAUGCUCCUCCCCACGGCGAGGCGAUUGCAUUGGCGGAGAUUAAACAGCUGGUCUCCUGGAGCCUCGUGACCCUUGUCGAUGGUGACGAGGUGGUGGCGAGGAGGUGGCGCGAAUUCCUCGAGCGCCUGCUCGAGUCCGGGCGGCCCUUUCUCGUGGGUGGAACGAUGACCCUCGCAGACGUCGUCGCGGUGUUCGUUGUGCACCGUCUCGGUCUCGUCUUUGAGUCGCAUUCCGCUCAAAAGUGGCUCCAGAACAUCAUGCAGCACAACCUGCCAGCCAGAAAUCAAAAGGCACGUUCCCACACGCCGGCGUUUACGUGUCACGUGUUUUUCUUUUGUUGCUCUUUCACGAAAUCUCUAACGCGACGAACGCCCCAGUGA